AUGAAUGAACUCUUCGCACCCGCCCCUGAGCCUACGACCGAACUCGGUCGAUACCGGGUGCUCUCCUCCACGGCGGGCAUUCGUGUAUCGCCCCUCCAGCUGGGCGCCAUGUCCAUUGGCGACGCAUGGUCUCAAUUCAUGGGAUCAAUGGACAAAGAACAGUCGUUCAAACUCCUGGAUGCCUUCUUCGAGGCAGGCGGCAACUUUAUCGACACCGCAAACAACUACCAAGCGGAACAAUCCGAGGAAUGGCUCGGCGAAUGGAUGGCAUCGCGAAAGAACCGUGACCAAGUGGUGUUGGCGACCAAGUUCACCACCGACUACCGAUCCUACGCUUUGGGCAAGGGUAAAGCUCCCAACAGCUGCGGAAACCACCGACGCAGUCUUCACAUGAGUGUGCGUGACUCGCUGCGCAAGUUGCAGACCGACUGGAUUGAUAUCUUGUAUCUUCACUGGUGGGACCACACUACUUCGAUUGAGGAGAUCAUGGACAGUUUGCACAUUCUGGUUGAGCAAGGAAAGGUUUUGUAUCUGGGAAUCUCCGACUCUCCUGCGUGGGUUGUCAGCGCAGCCAACACCUAUGCCCGUGCUCAUGGAAAGACCCCAUUCAGUGUCUACCAAGGUCGGUGGAAUGUGAUGCUGCGUGACUUUGAACGCGAGAUUAUCCCUAUGGCUCGUCAUUUUGGCAUGGCUCUCGCUCCUUGGGAUGUUCUGGGCAGCGGCAAAUUCCAGACCAAGAAGGCCCUUGAAGAGAGAAAGAAGAACGGCGAGGGAUUGCGCAGCAUGUUUGGCCCAGACCAGACUGAAGACGAAAUCCGAAUGAGCGAGGCCUUGGCCAAGGUUGCCUCGGAACAUGGCAUUGAAUCAGUGACAGCGAUUGCCAUUGCAUACGUCAUGUCCAAGGCGCCGAAUGUGUUCCCUCUGGUUGGAGGCCGAAAGAUUGAACACCUCCACGACAACAUCCAAGCUCUCAAGAUCAAUUUGACUCCGGAACAGAUUGAAUAUUUGGAAAGCGUCAAGCCGUUGGACGUUGGAUUCCCCAACACCUUUAUCGGACCGGACCCUAAGGUCACAGGGAAGGCAAGUUUACUGUUGGGGUCUAAUGCUCCUUUUGCUUUUGUGCAGUCGUCCAAGGCAAUUGGCCAAUGA